UAUGAAUCUAUAUCUUUUGAGAAUUUGGGUGUACAUGAAGCAUCAUCAGACUGUAUAUUUUCUUGAAAUUUUGUGAUGUGCAAGCAAUACCCAAAUAAUUUUUUGUUCUUCCAGAUUUACCCUUAUCUUCUUCUCAGAGGAAUUGGGCUUUUAUCUAAUGACAGGAUUUCUAGGGUUCUAUUGGUUUGAUGAAUUUUUUUCCUGAUAAUGAAAGGUGGGUCUUGGUGGUAAUAUUUGGAUUUGUGGGGUAUCUUUGAACGCAUCAAUUUUUUUUUUCUUUUUUGUAAUUUUACUGGAAAAGGGAAAAACUGGGGGGGAGGGUUCUCUUCAUGCCAUCUGGUAUAGGGUUAGGGUUCUUGUUAGAUCUGUUGAAAUCAGAUAUUUUCUUAAUUUUUAAGUGAUAUCCGGAGUUAGGGUUUUUAAUUUAGUCUGCAAUUUUGUGUCUUCCGGUUCCUAAUUUUCUGGGUGUAGUGAAUGGAGUCUGAGCUGCUUUCACUUAACUGAAAUCCAGAAUCUUGGAUAAAGGAACACGAAACUUGGGACCUAAUCUGGAAGUCUCUGUAAAGAAUAUUUAAUUGUCACCUUGAGUUAUAUAUAUUAAAUGGGGACGGAGCUCGUGAGAGUUUGUGUUAAAGAAGAGACUGAUGAAUUUCCAUCAGUUCCUCCAGGUUUUGAGUCAUAUCCAUCUUUCCCCUUAAAGAGAAUAAAAAAUAAGGAAGGGCAUGAUAGAGAUAAUAAUUAUGGACGAUUUGAUAGUUCAGAAGAUGAAUCUGAUACCAGAAAGCGUGAUCAAGAUCUUGAUCGAAAGCUUCGUCUUCCUAAGGGCGUUAUCCGUGGGUGUGCGGAGUGUAGUGGUUGCCAAAAGGUAAUUGCAAGAUGGUGUCCAGAAGCAGCUUGCAAGCCCAACCUUGAAGAUGCUCCUGUAUUCUACCCAAACGAAGAGGAGUUUGAAGAUACUUUAAGAUAUAUAAAUAGUAUUCGCUCAAGAGCCGAACAGUAUGGAAUCUGUCGCAUUGUUCCUCCUCCUUCUUGGAAACCUCCUUGUCCUCUUCAGGAAAAAAUUGUAUGGGAAAGUUCUAUGUUUUCUACCCGAAUCCAAAGAGUUGAUAAGCUUCAGAACCGGGAUUCAAUGAGAAAGAUGUCAAAAGUUCAUAACCAAACGAGAAGGAAAAGGAGACGAUGCACAAAAACAGCUGUGGAAUGUGGGACUAAAAGUGGCAGUAUCUCAGGUUGCAAUGAUGCGGGCAUCCAUGAGCCAGAGAGAUUUGGUUUUGAACCUGGUCCAAGCUUUACUCUGGAUAAAUUUCAGAAAUACGCUGAUGAUUUUAAGGCCCAGUACUUUAGGAGAAAUGAAAAUAUUACAGGUGCAGAAGGUAACACUAGCAUGCUUCCAGAGCACUGGGAGCCAUCAAUUGAGGAUAUUGAGGGUGAAUACUGGCGGAUAGUAGAGAAAGCCACAGAAGAAAUAAGAGGUACAAUUUUAAAUUAUGUCUGUUUGAAAUCAAAAGUAUGGGAGUUCUUGGUCAUGAGAAAUAAUUCAUUUAUCUUUAUUGCUUCAGCUGAUUUUUUUUUUCUUCCUGUUUUCUACUCGUUUCUAUGUGCACAGCAUGUUGAAGAUCACCACUUAUAUUCUUUAAAUUACAUGCAUUUGGGUGCUCCGAAAAUGUGGUACGGUGUCCCUGGGAAAGAUGCCAUUAAACUGGAGGCGACCAUGCGGAAGCAUUUGCCUGAACUUUUUGAGGAGCAACCUGACUUACUUCAUAAGCUAGUCACACAGCUCUCCCCCUCUAUACUGAAAGCUGAAGGGGUACCUGUAUUUCGGUGCAUUCAGAAUGCUGGAGAGUUUGUUCUUACCUUUCCCCGAGCAUAUCAUGCAGGGUUUAAUCAUGGUUUCAACUGUGCGGAAGCAGUAAAUGUGGCUCCUGUUGACUGGUUACCUCAUGGACAGAUUGCCAUAGAGCUAUACCGGGAACAGGGUCGAAGAACUUCCAUUUCCCAUGAUAAACUGCUGCUUGGGGCGGCAAGGGAAGCAGUGAGAGCUCAUUGGGAGCUUAACUUGCUGAAGAAAAAUACUGUGGAUAACUUGCGGUGGAAAGAGUUAUGUGGAAAGGAUGGGGUCUUGGCAAUAGCUCUCAAGAAACGAGUGGAGAUGGAACGCGUCUGGAGGGAAUUCCUCUGCAAUCCUUCAAAGACGCUGAAGAUGGAGAGCAAUUUUGAUGCUACUAGUGAGAGAGAAUGCAGUUUAUGCCUUUUCGACUUGCAUCUUUCUGCUGCUGGUUGUCAGUGUUCGCCAGAUAAAUAUGCUUGCUUGAAUCAUGCGAAGCAGUUCUGUUCAUGCGGUUGGGAUGCCAAAUUUUUUCUCUUCCGCUAUGAAAUCAAUGAACUUAAUAUCCUUGUUGAGGCAUUGGAAGGAAAAUUAAGUGCAGUAUAUAGAUGGGCAAGACUGGAUCUUGGAUUGGCCCUGAGUUCAUAUAUUUCCCGUGAAAAAAUGCAUGUUGGUAAACUCUCUCUCCCCCCAGAAGAAAGGGCGGAAUCAACAGCCAAUUUCCUGAGAGAUUUACAGAUGAAAACAAUCUCCAAAGACAUCACUACUAAUUCAACCACGAGAAAUGCAAAAGCACCAUUGACAUUUCAUGAUUCUUCUCGUGGAACUGAGAUGGCAAAUCAUUGUUCUAAUUCCAACAAAGAGGAAUUGAUUCUUCCACCAUCCAAUUUUAAAAACAAGGUUUGCCAUUUAUCUCAAGAAGACACAUCAUAUGCUGUAGACUUGGCUGCAAAGGAAUGUGGAGUGGAGAAGCCUUUAGUGGUUGGAUAUGAUAACAUUAUUCUCCUCAGUGAUGAUGAAGAUGAAGAACCCAAGAAGCCAGUUUCGGGAAAAGCAGAAGAAAAAUCUUCUGAAAGGCAUUUGGAGCUUCCUCAGAGGUUGGAACAAUCUGACAACAGUAAAGGCAAAGAUCCUUCUAUACCAAUGUCUCUGACGGAUGCAACACUAAUGUCUCGGAAGGAUGUCAGUUGUAGAUCUGAUGUUGGAAGUAAUAAUUGUUCACGUCAUUUUGUGCAAGCUAAAGAUGAGCCUGAAGAUGUUGCCACAGUUUCGGGAUCUGACUCCACAAACUCUAUGACCAUUGUAGGUGUUGCCAGUGUAGAAAGUGGUAGAAACAUUCAGAAUUCUUCAAAUAAUCAGGAGAUGGGUGAUCAUAACAGUGCAACUGUUGGGAGUUACAUCAAGCAUCUGCAUCCACACGGUGAUGAAAAACCAAAUAAUGGAGAUAAGCAUGAAAAGGUUGGAGCAACUACCAUCUCAGAUUUUGUUGGCAGUGUCAGAAUUAAUACGGGAAGCCCAUCUUGCUCUCAAAAUAAUCCAGAUAGAUGCUUCCGGCAGAAGGGUCCUCGUAUUGCGAAGGUAGUGCGGAGAAUAAAUUGCAAUGUUGAGCCCUUAGAAUUUGGAUCUGUGCUCUCUGGGAAAUCAUGGUGUAACAGCUUGGCCAUAUUCCCCAAAGGUUUUAGAAGCCGCGUCAAGUACAUAAAUGUUUUAGACCCGACAAGUAUGUGUUAUUAUGUUUCAGAAAUCCUGGAUGCUGGGCGCAAUGAUCCUCUAUUCAUGGUUUCUGUGGAGCAUUGUCCAAGUGAAGUAUUUAUUCAUGUUUCGACCUCCAGAUGCUGGGAAAUGGUGAGAGAGCGAGUUAAUCAAGAGAUAACAAAGCAACAUAAAUUGGGAAGAACGAAUCUUCCUCCUCUACAGCCUCCUGGGAGUCUUGAUGGCUUUGAAAUGUUUGGGUUUUCUUCGCCAACCAUUGUGCAGGUAGUUAACCUAUUGAACUUUUAGUUGAUACUAAUAAUACAGCAGGCAAGUAUUCCUUAUAGUUUUUUUGAGGCUGAAGUUUCAUCGUGCUCACUCUACCCUUUUUGUUUUUUUCAUCUUUUCCUUAAGGAUCACUUUAAUUUUUGUUGGUAAUAGUGAUCAGGACUGGAAUACUCUUCUGCAAUCCUGAUCUAGUUAAACUUCUUAU